AGUACUAUUUCCGAUCAUCCAAAUUUCUUUUUCUUUCAGAAACUACCAGAAGGUAAAUGAUCAUUGGGAGGCGUGUGUGAGUCUAAGUGAAGGCUAGUUUCGGCAGGUCAGUUUUGUAAAUGGAAUUGCAACCAUAAGAGGUCGAACUCAUGUUGACUACGUUGCAGACCAAAUCGCCAACUAUUUGAGGGGCAUCGUAAACAGGAAAAACAAGCACGCUAACAUGAAUUUGGAUACUGCAAAGGGCUACCUAUGGGUAUUUGUUAAUGCUCUCAUUGAAGACCCUGCCUUUGAUUCACCGACCAAAGAGACCUUGAUCACUCGUCAGGGAAAGUUUGGGUCCAAGUGUGAGCUCUCCGAAGUUUUUCUUGAGAAGGUCGCUGGCACUAGUGUUGUCAACACUCUCCGUUUUUUGGCCGAGUCUAAACUAAGCAAGGAAGGCAAUUUGGAUUCUCUCCCACAUUCAUCUACACCUAUGCAAUAUAUGCAGGCCCCACCAAGACCCACCCAAAUAUUUUUAGAGAUACAUGGAGUACAUCAUAGAGAAACCAAGAAACGUGACCAUGACGAUGUGUUCCUUGAGCGGUACCUAAAACUGAAGCGGGAAGAAAUUGAUCGGUUUGCUGCAAUUGAGGAGAAGAAGCUGGAGUAUCCAUGCAGCAUUACCAAGUGUAUCACAACAACCGAAAAGUUACAAGGUCUGCAAGUAGAUGAUAUUUUAGUGGCAGCAGAUAUCUUCAAAAGUAAGAAGAAUAGGGAAGUUUUCUUAUCCUUCUCUACAAAUGCUCUUCGGUUGGCUUGGGUUAAAAGGGAAAUUGUGCGCAGCCAAUUGCGGUCACGCAUUAGUGAAGCUUUUUUUCCGUAGGUAGCAAUACUUUUGGUCUGUUUAAUCAGUCGUAGUGACCCAGAUGGCAAAAAUCUAUUUUGGUAGUACCUAGAUGGUAGAACUUUCAUUGUGGUGGCUUCGUAUGUAAGAUUCAUGUAUCAUGUCAGGGCGUGAGAAAAUAAUUUACAUCAACAAAUAAUGUUUCAAGCAAUGGUAAUGAACUUGCA